AUGUCUGCCAUUGCAACUCUCUUAACCAACGAAUCCUACCUUCCCGGCGCGCUUACGCUUGCCCAUACUCUCCGGAGCCUCGGAACGCAGUACCCGGUCGUGGUGCUUCUCGACGAGACGCAGGUAUCGGAUCGUUCGUUGCAGUUGUUGGAAGCUGCAUAUGACCGAAUCAUCCCCAUUUCCGAUCGUUUGGUGACUUCUCCGGUUGAUGACCGGUUAGGACGCCCGGAAUUGGCCGUCACGUUCUCGAAACUACUUUUGUGGAACGAAUCGUACGACCAAAUCUUAUAUUUGGACACCGACGUACUCCCAUUAGCAAAUGUGGACCACCUUUUCGACGAGGGUGCGGCGCUCACCCCUCGACAGAUUGCAGCUAGUCCCGACUCAGGGUGGCCGGAUAUUUUUAAUUCCGGGGUAUUACUUUUCAAACCGGAUCCUCAAGUGUAUUCUGACCUUGUUGAAUUCGCUUCUGGUUCAGAUUCCAGUUUUGAUGGCGCUGAUCAGGGAUUGUUGAACGAGUUUUUUGCAGGAAAUUGGCACCGACUUCCGUUUUUGUACAAUGUUACCCCGACCGAAUCUUAUCAAUAUGUGCCUGCUUUUCACCGGUUUUUCAAGGAUAUCAAGAUCUUGCAUUACAUCGGCCAAAUCAAGCCAUGGCACAGUAGUACGAACAUUGAUCAUUUCCGGUUUCAUCAUUUAUGGUGGGACCGGUUUUCCGAGUUUUUUGAUAAAGAAACAAAAAACCACAUUUUAGGCGCCACCGGUGAAGCAUCCCGGUUGCAAAUCCCCCACUAUUCCAACACUUGGGAUUCUACCGAAUCAGCACCACCGCUGUCUUCGUCUUACGCAGAACCGGCCCCUGCAGGCUCGCUUCCUGCAGUGUUCCCAUGGGAACAGCGCCAAACCGCCAACCCCACGAGGGUAUUUGACUCGGGCUGGGGACGCGAAUCCGAGGGUGAGGUUGCUGCACCUGCAAAAUUAGCUAGACCCUCGGCCACCGAUAAUAUUGAGACCUCCAUGCAGGCCAUGAAGGUCGGAACUGGGAAACCCAGCGGACUUAAGAAGAAGUACGAAUUUAGCAGCCGGAACGAGCUGUCGGAUUUUAAUCCCGAAGAGUCACUUGAGCGCGUGACACAGCUUCCAGCCAAGCUUAUGUCGAAAUUUAAGAAGUAA